GUUUGUGUAAUUUAGUUUUCUAAACGCCGUAUAACAUAAAUUAGCUUCAAUUGGUUUCUAAAUUAGUCCAUAGUUAGUAAAAGAUAGCCCGAAGGUUGCUCUCAUCCUCACAAAUUGCACCAACCGAAAAAGGUUCAUACUCAACAAACCACAAAACCAAUGAACCUCUCUUGAUCAGAUUUUGUUGUUGUUAGUUGUUGCUGUUCUUCUUCUUCUUCUCCGCAAUCUCAUUCCUAUAUUCUCUGCCAUUUCCAAAACCCAUAUUCUUCUGACCACAACCAAAACAAAUCAAUAAACCUUGUUACGACAGGAUGGUCUUUUGGAGCACCAAUUCUCAUGCACUCCUUGGCCUCCUGUCCUUCGUCCUUCUCCUUCUCCUUCUCCAACCUGUCGUUGCCAUCCGCUUUGGCUUCGUCGAGCGACAAAGCGCUGACAUCCCCGCUUUCCGGGAAGCCCCUGCCUUCCGGAACGGCCAAGAAUGUGGCUCCACCCCAGCUGAACGCAUCAAUGUAGCCAUGACCCUCGACGCAAACUACCUCCGUGGCACCAUGGCUGCAGUUUUGUCCAUGUUGCAACAUUCCACGUGCCCGGAGAACCUGGCAUUCUACUUCCUAACCGCACACUACACUCCUGAACUAUUCUACAGCAUCAGAAAAACUUUCCCUUAUCUCAACAUGAAGAUUUACCGCUUUGAUUCCAAUAGAGUCCAUGACAAGAUAUCCAAGUCGAUUCGACAAGCAUUGGAUCAGCCAUUGAAUUAUGCAAGGAUAUACCUGGCGGACACCAUACCAGACGACGUGAAGCGCGUGAUAUAUCUGGACUCAGACCUUGUAGUGGUUGAUGAUAUAGCUAAGCUUUGGUCCACUGACAUGGAAGAAAAGGUGGUGGCUGCACCGGAAUAUUGCCAUGCAAACUUCACCUUGUAUUUCACUGACAAGUUCUGGUUAGACCCCGUUUUGUCAAAGACAUUUGAGGGGAGGAAGCCGUGUUAUUUCAAUACAGGGGUGAUGGUGAUGGACGUGGACAAAUGGAGGAGUGAAGGGUACACAGGGAAGGUGGAGGAAUGGAUGGCGGUGCAGAAGCAACAGAAGAGGAUCUAUCAUUUGGGGUCACUACCACCCUUCUUGCUGGUUCUGGCGGGGAAUAUCACAGCGGUGGACCAUAGAUGGAACCAACAUGGAUUGGGUGGGGAUAACUUUGAAGGUAAAUGUAGGGGCCUGCACCCUGGUCCUAUAAGUUUGUUGCAUUGGAGUGGUAAGGGGAAGCCAUGGUUGAGGUUAGAUUCAAGGAAGCCAUGCACUGUUGACCAUUUAUGGGCUCCUUAUGAUCUAUUCUGGUCCUCUAGACAUCAUUUCUUUGAAGAAUGACGAAAUAAAAAAACAAAAAAACAAAAAGCAUAAAAUAAAAAAUAAAAAAGAAUUAAAAGAAUAUAAGGAGAAAUUAAGAAGGGGAACACUUAAUAAAAUGGGUUUCGAAGAAUAAUUAAUGAAGAAAAAGGUGAGAUGGAGAGAUCUGAGUAUGUAUAGUUUUCUAACUCGUAUUUGGCGGACAGGAAGGGAACUGAUAUCUCCAGCAGCGUCUAGCUUUUAGUUUUCUAGGCAAGCAAUGGAGAGUUGUAAGUUCUGUUUUAAUUUUCCCAUUCCUUGUCGUAGUAUUUUUUUUAUGCCUUGCCUUUGGCUUGGUGGUUACAUUAUUGUAGGAAGCAUAACAAACAAUAUGCAGAUAUAAAUCAUGUAUUUGUUGACAGGGUAAGUACGAAGAGCUUCAGCUUCUUCGCAUAAGUGUAACCUAAUUUUUGUUUCAUUCACUGUAUAUAAUUAUUUAACUUUUCUGCAAUUAUGUUUGGCCCUCAGCCUUUAUUAUACAAGAUAAGAACAAUACAACGUUUAUACAUGCCUCAUGCGUAGCAUGCAACAUCUUCGUAGGCUACUUUCUACCAAACUGAUUCCCUUGGGCGAGUUAUGAAAUUUGGAUCAGCAAAGCUUGGUAGAUUAUUUCUAUUGAAACUAUGAAACUUUAAUAAUGAGCCUUGUGAAUUUAUAUUUCUCCACCUACCCCAAGUAUCCGGGAAAAAGAUUGAAAGUGAAACUUCUUUUUUAUUGUAAUCCCAAAUGUCUAGAAAGGAAUCUGCUAACAGUAACGCAUUGCUUACAUUUUAAAAUAAAAUAAAAGACAAAAAACAACUAAACAAUUUAAAAAAAAAAAAAAAAGUAUACAAGACUUUCCUAUUUAAAA